UUUAAAAAUUGUCAUCUAGAUCAUUGCACAAMAAGUGAAAAAAAUUCCGGUGAGUACUUUGUUGUGAUAACAGUAACAUUGUAAGAAAAGAAAUAGCUAGAUUAUUAUUGUUUUUCUUCAGACAUUUCCACUUGCUAGAUUAUUUCUAUGAUAAGCCAUAUACGAUGAACAAAAUUUGUAUCACUCAAGAGAUAAUUCUCUUCUAAGGGAUAUAUUCCAGAAAUUUCCAUGGAAGUCUCUCAAAUUUUCGUUCGGUAAAGUGUUAUUGAUAAAUAAGCUGUCACAUCAUGUUCCAACACGUGACCACAGGUACCAGUCUAUUCGAGCCAGCCCCUUCUCAUCAAACAGCCAAUGAAUGCGAGCCAUAACAUGACAGUGCGAAAUUGUUCGCAUUAUCGAAAUCCAAAUGAAUGACAUUUCUUUGGUUUGAAUUGGUGUGGAUUUUAAGUGGAUCUUAUCAAGGCUGUUUACGUAAUGGUACCUCAAGAUUGUAUACGAUUAUCACAUUGUUUGGGUGUCAUCCGCGGAAGAGGACCGCUGGCUCACUCUAUGGGCUCGAAUUGACGAAGAACUCAAGCCUGACAGAGAGCAAACGGUUUAGGAAACAACACUGCCAUGGAGGCAGGAGGGGUACCUCCCGUUCUGAACUUAGGACAGAACGCGGAGGUAAGUCUUGCCUCGUUUCCAAGUGUUGCCGCUACAACUGUCUGCCUCGAUCCUACGGCUGACGAGUAUGCGAAUGUCCUGGAAAUCCCYGUGAAAAAUGAACCUUACUUCACUAUCGAAGAGGAUCCUGCCAAAAUUGAGUAUCUUUAUCAGACGCCACUUGACAACUCAGAAAGCAUGAAAACUGAAAUGGUUACCCAAGAAGAACUUGAAAGGAGAUUAUUGAGAAGAGAAAGGAACAAAGUCGCCGCUUCUAAAUGCAGGCAAAAGCGUAAAGAGCACGUGCGAAACUUAGUACAAGCCUCAGAUCAACUUGAACUUCAAAACAACACUCUCCAAAGCCAAAUCUCGAAACUCCAUGACGAGAUAAAACAACUAGAAUUUAUGCUAGAUUCUCACAGCUGUUCCAGGCAUAUGGCUGCCAACCAUGACAGAGUGCGUGUUCCAGAUAUUCAGUGAUACACCAUGUUUGGUCAUUUUCCUAAUGACACCGCUUUAAGAGCAUAGGAAACAGCAAAUUGAUGUCCAAUGAUAUCAAGUUUCAUCUUCAAUGAAGAGAAGUUACCUCACAUUCGUUUGAAGAAUGUAGCUUCUACAUAUAUAAAGUUCAUAUUGAGCAUGUCCAUGAAUAUAUUCCGCUGCAUGUCUGCUAUUUGAUGGCAAACGGAUACGAAUAGAGUCGAUAAGGCAUUAAUGCAAACAAACGCACAUGAAAUGAAGAGGGUUCCGAAAAACUGUAUUUGAUGGCAUAAGAUAUGURUUUAGCUAUUAAAAUAAAAUGCAAUAAAUAUCAACAAUAUGCAUUGCGAAGAGCGAUAAGUCAAGCAAGUCAAUUAUAUAAAGAUUCUACAGAAAUUGCUGGUUUAUUGAAUGGAAUCAAAUCAAGCAAUGAAGUACAGUUCAUUUUGAAGAGGAUGAGCACUUAAAAACCAUCCUCUAUCAUUCUAAUCUUGCCAGUAUAAUAAGCAUUACACUAUACUAUUGAUUGUUUUUUGGGGGCAGAGAGGCAUUUGUUGUGACGUAAAAGCAAUCACGUGAUCUCCACUCUAUUUGAUACCACACAGGCAGCGUUUUUGUAGCACUAUUUAAAUAUCGAAAAGACUUUAUCCAGUCCAUGUGAUAUCGAGUGAUAUCGAUGUCAUAUGAAAAAUAUGACAGCUAACUCGCUCACUCAGUCAAUUAUGGAAACCAUAGAUUUAUACACASUCAUGAAUGGUAUUCACUAAGAAAUAUAUGAUAUAUAAUGUUAAAUUACAAAGGAAARAUAUAAUAUGUACAGUUAUAGAAAUUAAUUAUUCGUAUGUAACACGCUUAUAUUAGAUUUAAAUACAUUGAUGUAUAAAUUAGAUGAARAUAUAUCUAGUUUUAAGGUUUUCAAAGGAAUUUCCAACCAAAAGGAAGGAUUUAGUUGCUGGAUAUCCCCAACGAAUGUUUAGUUCGGUUCCUCAUUGCUGGUCAAUAUGAGUAGUAUGCAACAUCAAUAAAGAUAUCAGAAAACAUU